AUGGAGGCGUCCAUUCCACCGGUUUUUCCGCCCAAGCAAAACUCGAGGCAGGCUUCGGCCAAGUCGGAGCCAACCAACCGGCGGCGCAGUCGAAGCGCAUCCGGCAGGCAGCCACCUCCAUCUAGUGGAGAAUCGGAUGCCCAUGCUGCAGAACGUGCCAGGGCACAGCGACGUCGCCGUAGCAAGUCUCGGGCUCGCAGUGCCAGUCGUGGAUCCCCAACAGGACGUCGUAAGAACCGACACACUGAUCCAGUGGCACUCUACCAAUACUACCAGAAGGAGUGGGCCCACUUCCGUGGCCAAAUACCCGGAGAGCUUCCCAAGCUGAGCUCCCGAUUCGGAGCCCGCAACAGACAGUAUCCGAAAUAA